AAUUAUUUUUUGUCUCCACCUUAUAGAUCCCUACAAGUUGAAUGUACCGUAGGACUUAGUACAAUGCUCAUGGGCUAUAUAGAUCAGAGGCAUUAAUAAUACAACUCGCCAGCCGCUGCCUAUUGUGGCAGCGCCCACAGAAAUAGGACUAUGGGACUCCAACACCACUCUAUAGUCCAAUGAUCCUUGAUGCCAAAAAAAAGUGUUAUUAUAUAUACACCGCAUGGCAUGAAUUAACGUCAGACCGUCAGAAAACAGUACAGAAAGGGGGGGCUACCUGAUAUCGACUAGCAUCUCUAACCAUCACCUCCACCUACUCGUUACCUGAAUCGGUCCCUCUGCCCAUGCAAGCGUUUUCCCAUGGCCAUCCGAUAGCAGUUCGGUCUUCGAGACAAAAGUCACAAAACUGUUUCAAAAAUCGAGGUCAAAGAAAGACGUUCGUAAACGGAACAAGGCAAACCUUUUCACUCCAAAACAAAAGAGGGACUCAACGCAGCCAACAAUUUCUUCUUUUUUCUAGAUCAACAAAUACGCGGCCGCUACCUUAACCACAGACUCGUUCCCAACAUACAAGAGAGAACAUCGCCCCAUCGGACAACGAUGAGGACACGCCACUCAACCGAAGAAAAACGGGGCCUCAUCCAGCACACCGCUUCUUCCCUCCCGAAAGAAUCAGGCCUGUGGGCACCGCCUCAACCACAAUUAACACUUCACAGAAUCCAAUAACCACGAAGAUCACCCUAAGCAUCGAAUCGAAUUUUAGCCCGAGGACGAAGAAGGGGCUUCGACGCGGAGACAAUUCCAUCGCUUCCAGAGCCGGAACCUCGUGGGUUUCAGACGGGGAACAUGAUCACACCCAUCUUCCUAGAUCCCAAAGAGCCGUAACAUCCCAGCGCCUUUUCCGAGACCUUUUGGCUGUCUCUGACAAAAAAGGGCAGAAGGACAACGUGACACGAAGGCCGUCCAAGCCUGAUUUUGGUUUUGGGGGGAGGAUGGUUUAUUCAGACACCGCACAUCUCUGGUCUUUGACGAUCAACGGCCCAGCCGAGGCCACCUGACGGCUAACCAAGAAUGGAGGUGGGUUCAGCUUCAUUUACUAAAGCUGACAGGGAGCGUGGUUUAUUCAGGCACCGCACAUCUCUGGUCUUUGACGAUCAACGGCCCAGCUAAGGCCACCUGACGACUAACCAAGAAUGGAGAUGGGUUCGGCUUCAUUUACUAAAGCUGACAGGAAGCCCCAUCAAACUGGGAUAUUAAAAAGGUGCUCCGACCACCAGGGUCUAACGCUGCCUACAGACGGGAGCAAACAAGACCCGCAGCAGUGGAAAGAGAAAAAUUGGCCGAGCUAUAUACUUCAAGACCAACCACGGGUACACAUCGAAGGCAGAAGCAAGGUGACAACCGACAAGCCAACAAAAGAGAGAAGAUCCGCUGACGAACAAGGGGGUUGAGAAAGAGAGAGAGAGAGAGAGAGAGAGAGAGAGAGAUUCUCCUCCCGUAACAGGAAGAGUCAGUAAGGAGGAGAACCAUGGCGAUGCGGAUGGUGAGGAUGGGAGCCCAGAGGGUGCAGUUCUACCUAGCAGAGCACCCCGUUAUCGUCAGCUUCAGAUGGAGCGGUGCCCAUUCAUGGGGAUCAACUUGGUCGUUCCUAUUCUCCUCCAUAGCAGCCUACCUUGCCAUUGCUCUGUUCCUCAACCUCCUCCUCAUCAAGCGCAGGCGCCCCGUCCCGCUCGGCCCCCUCCCGGCGCUGCACAGCCUCGCCGUGGCUCUCGUCUCCCUGACGAUCUUCGUGGGGCUGAGCGUGUCCACGGCCGCAGAGAUUCGCGAUACCCGCUGGCUCUGGCGCCGCAGCAAGACCCCGAUCCAGUGGCUCCUCUGCUUCCCACUCGGCACCCGCCCCUCCGGCCGCGUCUUCUUCUGGUCCUAUGCGUUCUACAUCUCUCGCUUCCUCCUCCUACUGCGCACCGUCUUCUUCAUCUUCCAGCGACGGCCGCUCACCUUCUUCCGCCUCUUCAACCACUCCAUCCUCAUUUUCAUGUCCUUCCUGUGGCUGGAGUUCUCCCAGUCAUUUCAGGUCGUCGCCAUACUAGCGAGCACGCUUAUAUACUCCGUCAUGUACGGGUACAGAUUCUGGACGGGCGUCGGAUGGCGGGCGUCGUGCUUCCCGGUCGUCGGCAAUUGCCAGAUGCUUCUGCUAGGAUGCUACCUCGCCGCCCAUGUCGGCGUCCUUCUCUUGCACUUCAGGAAAGAAGGUUGCAAUGGCAUCGGGGCCUGGAUCUUCAAUUCAUUCCUAAACGGAGCUCUCCUUCUGCUCUUUCUCAAUUUCUACGUCCGAAAACAUCUUCAGAGAUGUAGAAGGGUUGUGGAUGUCCACCACAGAGCAGCUGUGGCUGAGAGUGGAAGAGAGUUGUCUGAGUUAGAGCUGAAGAAAGACGCCUAGAAGAGGAGAAACCCAGCGAUCC